AUGGAUGAGAUGAAGAAAGAGCAUCAGAAGCUUCACAUAGCUGUGUUUCCAUGGCUGGCCUUUGGCCACUUCCUGCCUUUUCUUCGUCUCUCCAACCACUUAGCUCAACUGGGUCACCGUAUUUCAUUCAUCUCCACCCCUAAAAACCUCCAUCGCCUCUCUCAAAUUGCUCCAAAUUUAUCCUCGCUUGUAACCAUGGUGCCACUGCCUCUGCCUCCCGUCCAUGGCUUGCCCGACUCCGUCGAGUCCACCUCCGAGUUGCUCUUCCGCCUAGUCCCGUAUCUGAAACGAGCGUACGAUCAGCUCCAACCCCCUCUCACUGAGUUUCUACAGAACUCCGAUGUCAACUGGCUCAUCCAUGACUUUGUUCCCCACUGGUUGCCCCAAGUAGCUACUCGACUCGGCAUCAACUCAGUCUUCUUCAGCAUAUUCAAUGCCAGCGUACUCUCUUUCCUUGGCUCGCCGGAGGAGCUUCUCCGCCGCGAUCAACAGCCGUUGGAGGACUUAACUGUGGUACCUGAGUGGAUCCCGUUUCCGUCCAACUUCGCUUUCAGGCUAUACGAGGUUAUUUACCACCAGGAAUGCAUGGACUCAGAUGCUUCCGAUUUCUUCCGUUUCGCAAAGGUGAUUGAAGGCUGCCGAUUCGUGGCUAUCAGGAGCUGUCCUGAGUUUGAGUCUGACUCACUCAGUCUCCUUCAAAAGCUCUACCGGAAGCCGGUCAUUCCUGUGGGGUUGCUUCCGGCGGAGGCCAAUGACGGCGAGAGGGACGAGAGCUGGGACUUGUUAAAACAAUGGCUGGACAAGAAAACUGAAAACUCGGUCCUUUACGUUGCACUCGGUACUGAGUUGACUCUGAGUCAGGACGAGAUGAAGGAGUUCGCAUCUGGAAUAGAGAAAUCCGGGUUAUCCUUCAUUUGGGUGGUCAAGACCCGAGACGAUCCGAUUAUAACAGGUUUCGAAGCUCGGGUUUCUGGUCGUGGUUUAGUUUGGGUCGGUUGGGCUCCACAAAAGCGGAUCAUGGCCCAUCCAUCAAUCGGUGGUUUCUUAACCCACUGUGGAUGGAGUUCUGUGACCGAGGCUCUUGGGUCGGGUCGUGUGUUGAUUCUUUUCCCUGGGGCUUGUUCGGAUCAAGGUUUGAUGGCAAGACUCCUAGUAGGUAAGCAGGUCGGGUUGGAAAUACCGAGGAACGAGCAAGAUGGAUCAUUUACAAGUGACUCGGUAAGUGAGUCAAUAAGACGAGUUAUGGUGGAAGAAGAAGGAGAACAACUCAAGAGAAAUGCAUGGGCAAUGAAGGAAAUCUUUGGGAAUGUGCAGUUGCAAAACAAAUAUUUAGAUGAGUUCACUCGGGUCCUUGAAAGUGAAUUGGUAUUAACCAAAUCCACUUGA